GCUUUCUUCAGCAGAACUUAUGAAAUCUUAAGAACAACCUUACAUCACGUAGAAAGGAGUAGCAAAAAAUAAAAAUAAAAAAACUAACGUACCCAUUUCCCUUGGCCUAAAUCACUUAUACUCUAAACAUGAAUAGCAGUACUCGGGAUGAUAUAGGAUUUAUCGUAGUUUAUGAUGUGAUUUCUGUAAUACAGCAAGUCAUAUUAAAAGAUCAUCCGGGCAUGUUUUUGUUGUCCACAAUUGUCCGCAUCACAACAGUGCUACACAUAGCGAUUGUACUCUUACAUAUAUGUCAAACAUUUCUAUACGUGUUUUCCUUUUUUUUUUUUUUUU